CUUCCCCUUUCUUUAAGGACACUGCCUGAACGUUGCACUCAACCCUUCCACUCAUAUCCCAUUGGUCAGAACAGAGCCCCCAGCUCAAAAGAGCCUGUGAUUGGUGAUUUUUACCAGCUAAAAACCAGAGGUCUGUUAUUAGAGUCUCUGGGUAGUGCAAACUGUUAAGCUCUAGACUGUUAUCCAAAAGAUUGGUAGUUUGAACCCACCCAGAGGCGCCUGGUCUGGUUCCAAAAGGUCACAGCCUUGAAGACUCUGUGGAGUACAGUUCUCUGACGCACAUGGGAUCACCAUGAGUUGGAAUCGACUGGACAGCAACUAACAACAACAACAACACUAUUGAAGUAGGAGAUGACGUUUAUUGGGGCCACAAAUAGCACUCUGCUAAAUGGAGUUAUUCUUGUGCUUACUCGUUUUUGAUACUUUACUGGAAUCUCCUUGGGGAGGAGACACUGGAGAGAGAGAGCGCAGCAGAGAAUCCUGCCUACACCCGCUGACCUGGUCUGCCAAUCUUGCUCACUUGGAAGAGGGGGCGUUUUGAAUCCUGGUUUCCUAAAUCCUGGCUUCACUUCUGACAGAGGACCGCUGGACUUUGGGGAAACUCUUUGCUCUUACAGGAGAUGCCAGCACGGUCUCAAGUGUCCACCUGAUACAAGUAGCUCACUCUUCAUCAGCAUCCCUCUCCAACCCAUUGUCCGGUCCCUUCCAUGUCUGAUGAGUUGUCUUCGGGAAUGGUUCCUGUCCUGGGCCAACAGAAGAAUUUCCACAUUGAUUAGUUAACAGUAGAAAAUCUGAAGAGAUGCAAGCAGGAAGAAGAAAUUAAACCAGGCUCAAGAGAGCGAUGCAACAGGCAUGAUGGAGGUCGAGUCCUCCUACUCGGACUUCAUCUCCUGUGACCGAACAGGCCGUCGGAACGCGGUGCCUGACAUCCAGGGAGACUCCGAGGCUGUGAGCGUGAGGAAGCUGGCUGGAGACAUGGGCGAGCUGGCCCUCGAGGGGGCAGAAGGGCAGGCGGAGGCGAGCACCGCAGACAAGGUGGCGAGCACCCAGCCUGAGAGCAGUGACGGGACCACCUCGUCCUGAGUCCAGCCUUGCCCUUCGGGAAGGGGAGCCCCAGCACUGGCCCAGCAGCCUCUUCUGAGCCCUGUGUCCCUGGCAAGCCUGCCCACCAGUCCCCAGUCUGGACUGAGAGGGCCCACCCGGAGGCUGCCUUGGCCCUGCCUGGCGGAAGCCGUCUGGCCAUACCCAGCCUCCACCGUCCCUCCACCUCCUCCCCAUGCCCAGGUACAGUCUCUAGACACUGUAAGCGCAGGAUGUUAUUUAUUCAGCUGGUGCUGGGACUCCGGCUGGGCCCUGCCCACUUGUGUGAGCAGUCCACCCAGGAAGGCUCCUCUCAUGACCCCCCACGGGAGGCCCGGGUAGGGACCACAUCCCAACACCAACCCCUUCUCCCUAACCCCAACCUUCGGGGUCAAGACCUUCUCAUCCCUUUUUUAAGAAAAUACUUUUAAACUUUUUAAAUACUUUAAACCUUUUUCCAGCAGAGCGGGAGGGAGCUGACAAUUCAGUUUUGGGGGGAAGCCAUUUUAAGCUAAACCAGUUGGCCAUCUAUGCAGUCUUGACGUUCCCUUGUGGAGCUUUGCAGAUCUACUAUUAGGGAAGGGAUUUUGUGCUCAAAACUAUUUGACCAACUCCUUGCCCUUUCUAUCAAGAUAAGUGACACCUCGUAUCCAGGAAAUAAAUGCUGAUGGUUUGAGUGACUGGUUUACGAUUAUUUCUCCUUUAAACAGCACAAGCAGGGCCUGAGUCUUGCCCUUCCAAAGCCUACAACCAGCUGAGGCCAUUCCUGCCCCAGGCUUCCAUGGAAUGAAACCCCGAGAAGAUGCUGGUGUGGCACAGAGGCUGGCACCACCGUGGGCCCAGUGACUGUUGUGUCCUCAUUCCUCAGCCUCUUUCUCAUCCCAGCCCAGUUUCAGGAACCCAGAGGAGGGGCUUCCCUCUAAAACCUAGAGUAGGAGGGGUAUAAGAGUUGAGGGAACGUUUAAGCAGACAACCUUUUAAGAGAAGACUUAUUUCUUCCAGAGGGCAGGUAGGCCCCGGGGCCCUCUUAGCUCCCAGCAUUGGAAGCUCUGGCUUCCCAUUCAUAUCCUCCAUUGGACCUGGUUGGGGCCCUGCUGCUGAGCAGGCUGCCCAAGUCCGAGCCCCAGGGGCCCCGCUCACCCUCACUCCACCACAACUACCACGCCCCACCACCUGCUGCACGACAUCGACAUCGGCCACAGUCAUAAACAUCAGCAUCUGUAUUAAGCACCAGAUUCUCAGCACAGAUCACCACAGGAGGAGGGUUCCCAUUCAGCCAAGCCUAUCGACAAGGCCCCUGGUCCCAGCCCAGGCACAUAAUCAGAGGAGAGCUAUGUGGCCACACUGAGGUACACGUGUACAACAGGCACUCAGGCUUCAAGAGCUUCAGCUGACUACUGAACCAGUCUUCCUAGAUGGAAUGAAGGUAAACGUGUUCGCGACUCGACAGUUACGAAGACUCUGUCCACAAGGCAAGGGCUCAGAGAGGCAGCUGUGGUGUCCUCAUGGGUGCAGCACUGCUUGCUAGGACAGAGAAGCAGAAAGAGUAGGCAAUUCCUAGGACCCAGGACUUUGUCAAAAUCACAGAACAUCAGAGGCAGAGAGGAACCCCCUUGUACAGAUGGGGAGACUGAGGGUAGGAGCAAGGGAAUGUCUUGCUAAGGUCCCACAGGAAGGAAGGAGAAAAGAGCAGGACCUGGGCCCAACUCCCUGCCCCUGGCUUCAGGCAGCCAUGAAGUCCCCCUGUCCCUGUCCCAGGCUGCCAAGACCUUUGGGACUGGGCUUCAGAAAGUCUCCCGUUUAGACUACCCCUCAAGACGGCAUUGUACAUAAUAUAAGCCAAUCUAAGAGGUUGCCCUGGAGCAGGAGCGAUCACGCAUCAUUGGUGCUGACCCGGAGAUGAAGGACAUCUUGCUUGGAGUUCCACAGGAAACCAUUCUGGAGCCAGGGCAGGGUGGUGCUCAGGAACCCAGACAGGAACAUACCUGAGAGGCUGGAGCUGCCAUCCCAUAGGCCUUAUAGAGCAGAUCCAGAAGCUCUUCCUUCUCAUCCUUUGGGAGGAAACUGGACUUCGCUGCAUUGAUAUUCUGGAAGGGCCAGCACAGCAAACAACAUGGAACCAGAGAACACAGAAGGGUGCCCUUGACAGUCCAGUGAGAGUCCGUCUUCACUGAAUAUGAGGAAUUAAGCUCAGAGUGGGGGGGACUUGUCCAAAGUCACACAGCAGCAAGUAUCAGAGCAGAGACCAUGAGACUCUGUGUUUUUAGCAUGGCACUCACUUCGUGACAGAUGUGAGAAGACAGCUGGAGAAGCCUUCAGAAAGACAAGGUGGGAGUGUGGGGCCAGAGAGGCACUCUUGCAGGGACAGUCUCAGGUAUCAAAACCCCUAAGAUUAGGGCUCAGCCUGGGAUCUAUGGAUGGCCUGAAA